AUGUCUUCAAAAUUCACGGGUAGAAGCUCGCGGCCAGGACCCGCCAUUUGCCUUCCUGCUUACCUUGAAUGGGUCAAUGCAUGGUUGGGAUCCGAAAAAUUGGCAACCUCGACCCAGGACAUAGUGUUGGGGGAGAUAGCAGCAAAGGUCAUACAAGGCGACGCUGAUAUGCAGCUUCUACAUGACACUGCUGCCAAAAUUCAGAAUGAUGCCAAGUUUCGGACCAUGUCCAUCGGAAAUGCAGCUCCUCCAUCGUGCGAUGACAACAAUGUGCUACUUAGCAACUUUGAUCCCAGAGUAGAUUGCGCUUGCAAAGGCCUGUCCCCAACUGAGAGCAACAUCAGCUCGGUGGAUGCUAGGGCAUACUCUGCGGGAGGAUGCCGGGCUAUUGACAGAAUGUGGCAAAGCGCAGAAAAGGUCAUGGAAAGGUCUCAAGAAUGGGAUGGGCAUGGCAUCUUCACGACGGAAACUCUGCGCGAGGCGGUGCAAGAAUUGACUUUGAUUAAUACAAGCAUGCGACCACCAGCCAAGACAUGCUACUCCAAGUCCAUCAACAAAGUCACGGCCCCUGAUCGUAGGAGGUGUACGCAAGUUGACUCACCCAAUGCAGUCUACAUGUAUGAAUUCCCGACGUUUGAGGGGGUUAAACUGUGUUCAGACGCCAAACACUUCUUCUCGAUUGCCUGCGGAAUCUCCGUCUGCGAUGAAGGCAUAUCUAGAGCAGUCUCUGAUGCUGCAAACGAUAUCUUGAUUGGGGAUUAUGCCGAAGCGGCAGACCAACAUACAUUGGAAAUUCUACAAAGGACAGGUGCUGCAGCAUUCGCCUUCCUGGAGCUCUGCCACAUCGCUGGCUAUCUCGAAGACUGGCAUCUCGACGUUUUGGUUGCAUGUACUGUCCAAUUUCGCGUUCUCUCAUAUUACAGAGAUCAUGCAAGACCAUCAUUGCCGGACACAGUUUUUGGCAGUAGGAUGUCGAGAUUGGAGUCCCACCGAAUGAUAGACAUUGGUAUAGCACCCCCCAUCAUCGUUGCCUCCCUCGUUUCGGCGCAGAAGAUCGAUGCGCAGCAAUAUCGAGACCUUUGCCGAACUAGUGUUUUGCUCAAUGAUCUCAUAGACAUCCGAAGCGAUGCAGCACGGAAACAGAGAGAGAAUCCAGUGUUAAGAGGAAUGUCACAAAAUAUGUGUGAGUAUCUGGGCGGCCAAAUGCGAGAAUGCAUUUCUUCUGUUGCCCGGAUGGUGGAGACAGGAAUGCUUACCGCACUUGUUACGCUUGGCUUCUGCAAUUGGAUGCUAAUGGCAUCGCAUCACAAGGUUCAUGAGAAUAUUGUUGGGGUGGAAGAGUUCGCAAGUAUUGGAUGCUGCGACUACGGGGGCCGGGAAGAGUACCGCAAAUUACUCACUGUUCUCGAGCCUCUUGGAACCUCAACGGACGUGGCCCCAGAUGUUCGCAUGACUCGCGCCAAUCUUGAGCAACUCUAUUGCCGAAGCAGGUUGUCAAGCGAAACACACCUAGCAUGGCUUGCCGAUGCAGCCCGAACGUUACUCAAUCCUUACAAUAUGAGGCGAAUGGUUGAUAUAGGUCAUUUUCGGUGGGUAGGAAACGUGGGAGAUGUAGAUUAUUGCCCAUGA